UGAACCGAAAAACCACGCUGUCACUUUCGCGAACAUUUCACAGAGCGCAAAUGGCCAUGCGAUCGGUGCUCAGUCGUUCCUCGCUGACUAUGUCGACGGUGCGAACCGCCGGCGCCGGCGGUGUCCGGGUCUUCUCCGACGACAAAGGUCGGGUUCUCAGUGAGGAGGAGCGUGCUGCCGAGAACAUCUACAUCCAGAAAAUGGAGAGAGAAAAGCUGGAGAAGCAGAGGCUGAAGGCAGAGAAGGAAAAGGCAGAGAAGGAGAAAGAACAGUCGGAUAAGAAACGUGAAGGGACCCAGUAGAUGAUGGUAGUUCAUCUUCAAGCUGUAACAUCUGCUUUUGAGUUUGCUCGCAAGGAAUAAAAUGUGAGACACCCCCCUCCUCCCCCCACCACCCACCCACUCACUCACUUUUCUGUAAACUGUUAUAGCUGGAUUUGAUCUUUGUAUAGAUUAUCGAUGUUACUUGUCUUUGAUUGUCUUUCCACUCUGAAAGUGGCAUCAUCUUCUUUGUUUUAACUUUUGAGACACAAUUAUCUGCACUUGGUUGAACUAGAUAACUUCGUUUCGUGUUUGGAGCA